AUGAACGAAAACUUGUUUACCCCUUUCUCAGCCCCAACAAUUCUAAACCAACCCGCUACAAUCCCCAUUAUCCUAUUCCCCACCCUACUAAUCUUAACCCCCAAACAUCCCAUUAAUAAUCGACUAGCUACCAUUCAACAAAAUCUGACUCGAUUCACUCUAAAACAAAUAAUAAUAACUCACAACGCUAAGGGACAAACCUGAUCCUUAAUACUAACAUCCCUAAUCACCUUUACUGCUACAACAAACCUCCUAGGACUUAUGCCUUACUCGUUCACGCCAACUACCCAACUUUCCAUAAACCUAGCUAUAGCAAUCCCCCUAUGAGCGGGCACAGUAAUAGUGGGGCUUCGCUUUAAAACCAAAAACUCCCUAGCCCACCUCCUACCACAAGGCACACCCACACCUCUCAUUCCUAUGCUAGUAGCAAUCGAAACUAUCAGUCUACUUAUUCAACCAGUGGCUCUAGCCGUACGAUUAACCGCAAACAUCACAGCCGGCCAUCUGCUAAUACACCUGAUCGGAAACACUGUACUAGCACUAUCAACCACCAACCUCUCCAUAGCUCUACUAGCCUCUACACUUCUGGUAUUACUAACUAUUCUAGAAAUUGCAGUAGCCCUAAUUCAAGCCUAUGUCUUCACACUCUUAAUUAGCCUUUAUCUACGGAACAACACCUAA